AUGUCGGCUACGACCACUUCCACGCUCACGACCACCACGCUCGUUGGAACUAUGAAGGGUGUCGCGGUAUCCGAAAAACAAUGUCCCAUGUGCUGGGGUGAAGGGCUCCAUGAUUCGGGGGCUCAGGACAGGAUCCAGGAGUUGGAGGGGCAGCUGCAUAUGUUGACAGCUCGCGCUUCGGCGACAGCAACAAAACUCACCGAAUACGAAGACGAAAUCCGACGCCUACGUUCGCAAUCCCAAACACAAAACUACUCAACACCACGCAGCAGCGCCUCCCUCCCACCCUCAACAUCAACCUCAAAUUCCACACCGCAAGAUCCACCUCGACCAACAACCUCCCCAACAACAGCGACCUACCACAGCCGCCUAGCUACCUUAACCUCCCUCCUCCCCUACCGCCGCAGCAGUGCAACACCAACCAGCACCACCAGCGCCCCAGCAGCACCACCAACAACAACAUCAACAGUCCCACCCCCAGCCACACCAACCCUCCCAAACCCACCCAACCACAACCACCCAGCCCAAGCCUCCCCAGCGAGCAGCGACAACACCUCCGAGCUCCAGGAUGCACUAGAACGCGAACAAGGUCUGCGCAAAGCCGCCGAAAGCCAGUUGUCGCAGGCUAGCUCCGAGCUGGAGGAGUUGACGGUUCAAUUGUUCAGUCAGGCGAAUGAGAUGGUUGCACAGGAGCGGAAGGCGCGCGCGAAGCUUGAGGAAAGGGUUGCUGUGCUCGAGCGGAGGGAUGUUGAGAAGAGGUCCAGGCUUGAGAGGUUGGAGAAUGCCAUGGCUAGGGUUGAGCGGUUGAGGGCUUUGGUUAAUCGGCAGUGA